UUCUAAACGUGUUACUGAUACGUUGUAGUGUAAUAAAUAAACUCAUAAUUAUUCAAAAUGCUAAUUACAAAGACGUUUUUCAUUUUAGUACUUACAUACUCUGUGACAAGCAGUGAAUUUGACGAUGACAUUAGCCAGCAACAUUUUUUAAUAAAAAGUUACAAUUAUAAUCAUCCACCGUUGUUGGAAUCAUAUGAAGUUAUACCGGAUGCAGAUAAAUUAGAAGUCCGAAAAGUACGUCAAGUGAAAUCACUUGAAUACGAGAAGAAAGAAGAUGCUUUAAAAACCUUAAAUUCAAAUUCAGAAAUACCUGUCACUGUCGUUUACGAUCUAGAAACUGAUAUUUUAAGCUCUAAUAAUAACCAACAACCUAAUAAAAUCAAGAGACGGAAGCAAACAAGAAGGCCUAAUAAAGAAAGAAAAGAAGAAGUCAAAGAAACAGAAAACCUUUAUUUGACAACAGUUGAAAAUAAAGAAAGUUCGACUGAAAAGGUUCUAGUUACUUCACCAAGUCCAAAGACAGUUGUACCAAAAAUGUUCACUAAAAGGCCGCCGGAAGACAAUCCAGUUGUUAAAAAAAUUAGACAAAGGGAACCUUGGGUAAAAAUCGUAGAAGAGACAAACUAUGUAUAUGCACAUAACGGUAACUUUCAUUAUAGUUUUGAAGGUGCUGAUGGUACGAAAGUUUCGAGUGAAGGUGAAUUGAAGUCUUACAGCAAUGACAAAACUGGUGAAGCCGUAGUAGGAAGCGUUUUUUACACAGACAAUGAAGGAAAUGACUUCAGUUUAUCAUACACGGCAGAUGAGAAUGGAUAUCGCCCCCACGGUGAUCAUUUGCCAACACCGCCUCCAAUCCCCCCAGCAAUCGCUCGAGCUCUCAAGCAUCUUGCCACGAAGACGACACCAGAGCCCGUCACUGAAGCAACGAAAAAAUCACAUUCGAUUUUAUAGAUUAUAAAUUAACGGACAUACUCAUAAGCAUUAUAUAGUGGGUGUUUAGUUAAACACUAAUUUUAUAUUUAUAGAU